AUGUCUCGAACACGCCAACCGGUAAAUCUCCAGCCACAGUCUACAACGGAGACAUCCCGUGAAUCAUCCACACUCCGACUCACAGGCACCCUCCGAUUGAGAGCCGAAGAUACCCCCGACACAACCACCGAACCAUCCCCAGCGCGCCGCAUUCGAUGGAGCGAAGACGUCGUGGACAAUGAAGGCAUGGGCAAGAAAAGCUCAAAAGUCUGCUGUAUCUACCACAAAGCCCGACCCGUGGGCGAAAGCAGUUCCGAAUCCGAGUCCUCCUCCAGCUCAUCCGAGUCAGAAAGUGACAGCGAGACCGAUAGUCGAAGCCACAUGGCCCGUCACGCCCAUCACCCCCACGCACGAGGACGCAGACCGUCGGGCGAUAAUCAGGCUGACCAGUCUGCCGAUGGAGACUCGGCGACAUGCUGCUCAGACCACCACCAGAAAGUGAAACGCAGAAGGAGGAAGCCCAGUCCGAAUGCGUACGAGAAGAUGCCCAAGCCGUCGAAGAAUAGUCAGCCGCGGGGCAGUUGA